GGCUCCUUCUGGGUGGACCUGGGAGGCCUCCUGCACAACCUCCUCCUUUUUCCAAGACCCAGCAGUCUGGGUCAUCUGUAUCUUUGUAGGCCGAGGAGAGGAAACCCAGUGGUCCUUCCAUGGAGCCCUGCAGGUCUCUGGCCCUGCUUGCUGGCUCCCUGGGCCUGAUGUCUUCUCUGAUUGCUCUGAGCACCGAUUUCUGGAUUGUGGCCCUGGGGCCCAACUGGUCAGCUCACUCGGGCCUUUGGCCAACCAGCAGUGGGGAUCCAAUAGCAGGUUACAUCCAUGUGACACAGAGUUUCUGCAUCCUGGCGGCCCUCUGGGGCCUAGUGUCCGUGGGCUUCCUGGUCCUGUCAUGCAUCCCCGCACUGUCUGCCCCCGGCCGUGGCCCCUUGGUCUCAACCAUCAUAGCCUUUGCAGCAGCCCUGUCCAUGAUGGUGGCCAUGGCAGUAUACACCACUGAGCGGUGGGGACAACCUCCACACUCCCAGGUCCAGACCUUCUUUUCCUGGUCGUUCUACCUGGGCUGGGUCAGUGUCAUCCUCUUCCUCGGUACAGGUUCCCUGAGCCUGGGUGCUCACUGUAGAGCGCACCAGGCUGGCUAUGAAUCCUUGUGAACGGAAGACCAGGACAGCAGGAUGUUGGGGGCAUUUUGAUCUCAAGGUGUCGUCGUCGUCAGGACCCACAGAAAGGAUGCCGAUUCUCUCCCUGUCCUUCCCCCCACUUAGCCUUACCUUUCAUUAACUUCAUGCAUUCAAUAAAAAUUUGCUAAUGUUCCAAGAUUAA